AUGAGAGGAAUUGUAAGAAAUACGAAUGAGCUUGCGAGGAAGUUGUUGUUCCAUGGAAGGAGCGUUCAAUUCCAACGCAGUAGUCGUUUUUACAAUCUCAUCCCAAUGGUUGUUGAGCACUCUUCCCGAGGAGAGAGGGCUUACGACAUCUUUUCCCGCCUCCUAAAGGAGCGCAUUAUCUGCAUCAACGGACCCAUCUCCGAUGACACCGCUCACGUCGUGGUUGCGCAGCUUCUCUUCCUUGAAUCCGAAAAUCCUUCCAAACCUAUCCACAUGUACCUCAACUCUCCCGGUGGCGCCGUCACGGCAGGACUUGCUAUUUAUGAUACAAUGCAGUAUAUUAAAUCUCCAGUCAAUACCAUCUGUAUGGGUCAAGCUGCAUCUAUGGGUUCUCUUCUAUUAGCUGCGGGUGCCAAAGGGGAAAGGCGUUCUCUUCCAAAUGCAACAAUCAUGAUUCACCAACCUUCUGGUGAAUUUAGUGGCGAGGCAAAGAAUAUUGCAGUUCACGCCAAGAACAUUGUUCGGCUUUGGGAUUCUUUGAAUGAGUUAUAUGCUAAGCAUACGGGUAAGUCCGUUGAGGUCAUUCAAAAAAAUAUGGACGCUGAUAACUUCAUGACUCCCCAGGAGGCCAAAGAUUUUGGAAUCAUUGAUGAGGUUAUUGAUGAAAGACCAAUGGCUUUGGUUUCUGAUGCUGUUGGUAAUGAAGGCAAAGACAACUAUUCCAAUUAG